AUGAAAAGGGAGUUUGAAAUGACAGAUUUGGAAAAACUACAUCAUUUUCUGGGAAUUGAAGUUCAUCAAGGCAGAGAAGGAAUUUUUAUUUCUCAGGAGAAAUAUGCAAAUGAUAUUUUGAAGAAGUUUAAAAUGGAGCAAGCAAAUCCUGCAUCAACUCCAUGUGUUGCUGGAUUAAAGUUAAGCAAAAAUGGUGAAGGAAAACUUGUCAAUCCAAGUGUUUUUAGAAGUCUAGUUGGAAAUUUGAUGUAUCUAACGUCAACAAGGCCUGAUAUCAUGUUUGCUGUUAGUUUGGUGAGAAGAUUUAUGGAGAAGCCAUAUUCAAAUCAUUUGUGUAACACCCCGUCCUGA